CACACGCCCCCACUUUUGGCAUUGCCUACAUGGCGAGCGCGUACGGCGCGACGUCUCCCACAUCCAAGCGCACAAACAGCGGCAUCAGCACGAACAAUGGCUCUCCGAGCAACGCGCGCACAAAACUCCUCCUGCUUGGUCAAAGACGAAGUGGCAAAACGUCCAUCAAGGAAGUGUUGUUCAAUGGGUUAGGCCCCAAACAGACAUUCUACCUCGAGUCAACGAUGCGGAUCGUCAAGCACCCGUACGACACUGUGAUUCCGCUGGAGAUCUGGGAUUGCCCUGGGAAUGCGACGGUGGAGAGUCUGGGCGCACCUUUGUCGCAGUUCAGCGCACUGGUGUUCGUCAUUGAUAUCCGAGAUUUGUACAAGCAACCGAUCAGCAAGUUGGUCGAGUUCAUCGUCGCCGCGUCGCACGACAAUCCUCAAUUACUGAUCGAAAUCUUUGUCCACAAGGCGGAGCGAUUGCAGGACGACGACAAAAUUGAAAGCUUCCGACAAAUCCAGGAACGCGUGCAAGAUAAUCUCAUGGAGCGCGAUUGUGAACAAGUUCUCUACAAUUUCUACCUGACCUCCAUCUACGAUCAUUCGUUGAACGAGGCCUUCUCCAAGGUUCUGCACAAGCUGAUAUAUCCGACGCAGCUGGAAGUGCUCGAACGCCUCCUCAACUCGUACUGUGCGAACUGCUCGCUACCAAAAGCUUUCCUCUUCGAUGUCGCGUCACGGUUGUAUGUCGCCACGGACGCUUCGCCAGUUGACACAGCAACACACAACCUGUGCUGCGAUUACAUACAGAUGCUUUCCUCCUUCCGUCCACUCUACCGCACACCGUCUUCUACGGCCGAACGAACACAGACAGGAACCGCGGAUCCGGAAUCAUCAGCAGAUGCGCCACCUCGCUUUUAUCCUAGUGCCGCUGUGUCGCUGUCAUCCUCGAGCCCUGGCACAACACUGACGUACCAUCUCAUGACACCGCAUCUGGCUUUGCUCUCUUUGGUCCCCACUGGUGUCUACGAGGGCCGUCGCGGUCUGUUCGAGUACAACGUCGUGUUUGUCAGGGAGGGUGUCCAGGAAAUCUGCGAGGCUUGACGCGGAAGACCGGAUAGAUAGACUAUCGAACGCAUCCUCCGCGAUGUUAACUUAUAGUAUAACGUGUAUCCUAUUCACGAGUAAUGACUGUGGCUACUUCUAGCUCUUCCAAUGCAGUUGCCCCCAACGUUAGACAUUGGACAAUCCGGUCAAGACUUGAAGUGUGCACAUUUAGCUUGAGCCGGGAAAAUAGCAUCAAGCGCAUCACUAGCUACAUCAGAAUGAUAUAAUGGCGGGACACCUCCAUCAGGCUUCUCUCUCACAGCCACCACGAACGUUCGUUUCAAAGCCAAUCCCCGCAAAGUUCAUUUGGGAAGUGGGGCGCGAAAGUUUUGGCGGAGCGUGGAUCGGCAUUACGCAUUCUUGGAGACUGUCUUUUCCUCUGCCCUACUCUCUCUUCGGACCCACUGUAAACAAGCGAGAUGAAAUUCGGUCGCAAAAUCUCGACUGAUCUGUACAAUGAGUGGAGACCAUUCUAUCUGGAUUAUAAUCAUUUGAAGCGCCAGCUCAAGGCCAGGACGACAGGACGGCGGUGGAACGCCAAUGACGAGAAAGUUUUCACGAGCCAGCUCGAGAAGGAGCUGGACAAGAUCCACGAUUUUCAAAAAGCGAAGGUGCGCUCGGGCUCAGUGCGGGUUUGACCAUCGUCCGCUCAACGCCGGUGCCCCCUCCCAGACCUCGGAGCUGUCUCAGCGGAUCCGAGACGCGGAGCGUGACGUCAAACGUCUGGUGACCGAAGAAGCGGAAGACACGCCUGAGUCCCGGCUCCGGCGCCGUGCCCAGCGGCCGCUGUCGGAGUCGAAUGCCGACGAGGAGGAACAGCUGCAGGACGAUUACGCGCUCGAUGCUGGGUCGGACGAUGAUAGUGAUGACGACGAUGAGGACGCGGAGAGCUUCGAUGCGUUGGAGGAGCGGUUCCACGCGCUCGAAGAGGAGGUCGCCAACCUGGUCGCGGAUGUUCACGAUCUGGCAUUGUACACCAAGCUCAAUAUCACCGGUUUCAUGAAGAUUCUCAAGGUGCGUCCUUAGCGUUUGCCGUUCACCGCCGUUCCAACGCUCUUGCUGUCCAGAAACAUGAUGUGAGUCCGCUACGCCGGGGAGAUCAAGUCGAAGCUGACAAGGAGUCAGAAAGUAACGAAUAUGCCGCUCAAGCCGACCUUCGUGCAGGACUAUCUCGAGAAACGGCCGUUCUACAAGUACAAUUGGGACGCGCUGAUCGUCAAGCUGUCCAAGUUGUACGACCUGGUCCGCACUAGAGGUCAUCCUGUGCAGGGCGACUCAAGCGCCGGCGGUAACCAGAGUGCUUUUGUGCGCCAAACCACCAAAUACUGGGUUCAUCCGGACAAUCUCGUCCCGCUGAAGCUGGCCAUUUUGCGUCAUCUGCCUGUGUUGGUCUUCAAUGCCGAGAAAGAAUUCGAGGUCAAGGACGCUGCUAUCACAUCGAUCUACUUUGACAACGAGGAUCUGGAGCUGUAUCUCGGUCGUCUGGAGAAAACUGAGGGCGCAGAGGCUAUCCGGUUGAGGUGGUAUGGUGAUAUGGACACCAAGACGAUCUUUGUCGAACGCAAAACUCACAGGGAGGAUUGGACGGGUGAGAAAUCCGUCAAAGCGCGUUUUCCGAUCAAGGAGCACCUUGUCAACGCUUUCCUCCGCGGUGAAUACACAGUCGAUGCCGAGUUCCAGGAGCUCGUGAAAAAGGGCAAGAAGACGCAGCAGGAGGUCGACUCGAUGAUUCAACUGGCCAACGAGGUCCAAUAUGCUGUGCUUACUCGGAAGCUGCAACCAGUGAUGCGAUCGUUCUACAAUCGGACGGCGUUCCAGUUGCCAGGCGAUGCCCGCGUGCGGAUCUCUCUGGACACGGAGCUGACGAUGGUGCGAGAGGACAACUGGGACGGUCGGACGCGUGCUGGAGACAACUGGCGACGAACGGACAUUGGCAUCGACUACCCCUUCGAGCAGCUGCAAGCAGACGACAAGGAGCUUUUCAAGUACGGUGUUCUUGAGGUCAAGUUGCAAACGCAAUUUGGUCAAGAACCGCCAGAAUGGGUUAUGGAGCUGGUGCAGUCUCAUCUCGUCGAGGCUGUCCCCAAGUUCAGCAAAUUUAUCCACGGCUGUGCCACACUGUUGCCCAAUCGAGUGGAUCUGGUGCCGUUUUGGCUUCCGCAGAUGGACACCGACAUCCUCAAGCCGGAUAUGGGAUAUCUUGCUGUGAUCGAGCGGCCUGCACAGCCGUCCACAUUGUCUUCGACGAGGCAGGGAUCAGAUCACGAGGCCAGCGGGAGCCAGUCGCCUAUCGACGACGAUGAAGGAAAAAAGAAGAAUGCCUACAACGAGCCUGAGUCCGAGGGCGAGGAAGACGAGGAACGCGAUCUGGCGCCAGCGCGGGACGAGCACAAGGUCACUGGCUUGAGCGACAAGGAAGUGCAAGAGGCGGUCGCGUAUCGCGAGCACAUGCUCAAAGCGAAGGCUGAGCCGAACGGACGCGGACGCGCGACCGCGAAGGACGACGGCGUUUCUGGAUCGCCGACGAAAGCGAUCUCGAUUCCGCCGAAGCCGAGGGCACUCUCGAUUGAUCCGUUGGCGCCGUCGUUGGCGUUCGAUACGACGUUGCGGGAUCGGCUGGAGGGCGAGCGGAAAGCGGCGAGCAUGCGGGGGAACCCGGAUGAGGAGGGUGACGAUGAUAAUGAGGAACACGCGGACCGCGCUGAGGAGGAGGACGAGGAAGACGAUCCGUUGAUACCCACCAGGUUUGACGAGAGGCAGCUCUCGAGAGACGUCCGUGCACCUCCGGGAAAACGGAUCUCAGUUCCGGUCCGGAUCGAGCCCAAGGUGUAUUUUGCCGCUGAGCGGACAUUCCUGAAAUGGCUUAACAACGCUGUCUUCAUUGGCACGAUCGCCACGACGCUGCUCAACUUCACCUCGCCAUACGACUCUCGGGGACUGAUUAGCGCCGCGUUGUUCACCUUCGUGGCCCUGCUCGCGAUCGCGUAUUCUGCGGCGAUAUUCGUGUUCCGCGCGUACAGGCUGCGUGCGAGACGCGCGUCGGGGAUGUACUACGACAAGUACGGCCCCACUCUGCUCUGUGCGGCGCUGUUUCUCGCGAUGGCGACGAACAUCGGGCUGCGAGUUGCGGAGAUGAUGUGAUGGAUUUAUUCGUUUAGACUUGGCACAGCCAGCAGGGACAGUCAUUCAUUCAUUGUGUAAUGUGCAUUCGGAAUGUUCCGUUCGGAUGAUCAUGAUCCAGGUUCCACGCGUGGGUAAGGCCAUUGCAGAGCAGCGAGCACUGAGCAGCGACAUGAAGGCAUGCAGAAGUGUGGAAUAAUCGUCCGUGACAGCCGCAGUGCGAAUCCACCGUGUGUUCAUAUUAUAAAUGUUCGAGCACAUCGGUCGCGAAGCGGUCGGCAAAGUCUUCAUGAUCGUGCACAAGGGGUUUGACAGAGAGCAAGACAGGUGGCCGUUCGUCGGCGAUCUUCGAUGGGCAGCUUGGCUACGUGCCUCGGCGGCAAAUACACCCCGACACUUGAGGCACGCGGACUGUGUGAAGAAAUCACAGAAGAUGGAUUCGUUGGAUUGGAUUGCAGAUCUUCCCGGUCGCCAGGCACUCGGCAAAGAUCAAUCCGCGAAGAAGCCCCCACCACAAAGGAUCCGAAUCCGGCAUGGGGGUCCGGGGACCUGUCAAGUGACCGGGCUCCCCCGCUGAUAGCGGAGCAGCCUGCAACCUGGAAGCAGCGAGCACAUCGCGGAAGAACCGACCAGCCAGGAACGAGAAUCAGGUGAAACACGGCAACGUAUUGACCAUCACGCUUGUGGCGUGCACAU